AGGCGGGUCAAACAACCGUGAGCAGCAUCUGAGGAGUUUGAGAACGUGGCAUAAUUUCGACUCAGUCAAUUAGCAUUUCAGCGCUUUGGGAUAAAAAAAAAUAACGAACAUUUUAAAGUUGACAGGUUAAACAAAUGGCAGGAAAGAAGAAAGAAGCGAGUUUGCAGGCGUCGGUCACAAACCAGGAGCAGUGGGAGGAAAUGCUUGCAACCAAAGGUUUAACUGUCGUCGAUGUUUACCAGCAGUGGUGUGGUCCCUGCCGUGCUGUUGUCAGCCUUCUGCGCAAAAUAAAAAACGAGCUGGGUGAUGACCUGUUACAUUUUGCCACAGCCGAGGCAGACAGCAUUGAUGCUUUGGAAAGGUAUCGAGGGAAAUGUGAGCCCACUUUCCUGAUCUAUGCGGGCGGGGAGCUGGUGGCGGUGCUGCGAGGAGCCAACGCUCCUCUGCUCCAGAGAAUGAUUUUAGAGGAACUGAGCAAAGAGAAGUUGGUUCUGGAGCACGGUGGUGAACGUAAAGUGGUUAAAGACGACGGUCUGGUGAAUGAUGAAGAAGAGGAGGAGGCGCCUCAGCAGUCAGAAAAUGAAGAAAGCAUAACAGUUCCUGUCAGUAGAUCCUACACAGUCGCCAUCAUCAAACCAGAUGUUGUUGCUCAUGGCAAAGCCAAUGAGAUUAUUAUGAAGAUUCAAGAUGCAGGGUUUGAGAUUCUGGCCCACGAGGAGCGCACACUGACUGAGGCCGAGGCUCGAGAUUUUUACCAGCACAAAGCAGCAGAGGCUUGCUUUGAGGACUUGGUGGAGUUUAUGUCCAGUGGUCCUUCCCAUAUUCUGGUACUGUCUCAGGCGGAGGCCUCUGCCAACGUUGUUCCAACGUGGCGUGAAUUCAUCGGCCCAGCAGACAUCGAGGAAGCCAUAAGAGAAAAGCCAGACAGCUUACGGGCACAGUACGGCACACAGCCACUGUUCAAUGCAGUGCACGGCAGUGAGGACAGCGACCAGGCCAGCAGGGAGCUUGCCUUCUUCUUCCCCAACUUUAGCACGGCCUCGGUAAAGAAGCAGGAUGGGGAGGAAGAGCGUGUGGAGAGGACACUGGCUCUAAUCCGGCCUGACGUUGCCAGAGAAAACAGAGAAGACGUCCUGGCCCACAUUCACAAUUCAGGAUUCUCGGUGGCUCUUCAAAGAGAGGUGAUAUUAACAGAGGAGCAGGUCAGACAGUUUUACUCCCAGCAUAUUGAUGAGGACUACUUCCCUGCACUGAUGAAGAGUAUGACCAGUGGACCAGUGCUUGCUCUGGCUCUAGCCAGGACAGGGGCUGUACAAUCCUGGAGGAGCAUGCUUGGCCCUUCUGAUGUUAAUAAAGCCAAAGAGGAGAAUCCUGACUGUCUGAGGGCCCAGUUUGCUUUGGAGAAUGAGCCCAUCAACCAGCUCCAUGGCAGUGCAAGCCACGAAGAGGCAGAGCGAGAGAUCGACUUCUUCUUCCCUCACCAGCGAACACUGGCAGUCAUCAAACCGGAUGCAAUGGAGGAUCACAAAGAAAAGAUAUUAGAGGAAAUCCACUCUAGCGGUUUCUCUGUAUCACAGCUGAAGGAGACGGUGCUAUCGAAGGAAAUGGCUGAGGAGUUUUACAAAGAGCACAGGGGGAAGCCUUUCUUCGAGCAGCUGGUGGAAUUAAUGUGCCGGGGGCCCUGCAUGAUGCUUGUCUUGACCAAAGAAAAUGCCGUGGAAGAGUGGAGGGCCAUGAUGGGACCGACUGACCCCGCCCAAGCGAAGGUGUCAUCCCCAAAGUCUCUGAGGGCUCGCUUUGCCUCUGACAUCCUCCACAACUCAGUCCACGGUGCCUCAGAUGAGCAGCAUGCAGAUGAGAAGAUACAUUUUAUCUUCGGUGAAAUCGACACAGAUGAGAAGCCCAACCAUGAUGGAACCGUUUUAGCAAAAGAGCAGUCAGGCAACACUGCCAGUGAAAACACAGUUGUCUCAAGAUCUGAAGAUCAGAAUGAAGACAUGCCUGAUGACCAUCACCAGAACGGUGACUCACACAGUUCAAACACUAGCAGUCCACAGACAGGAGAGAAUGAUGAGCACUCAACCUGAAUCAGCACAACUCAUCUUAUCUUUUUUUUUUAUGUGUUCUUUCUCCAACAUUGUAAGAGUGAUAAAAUAUGUCUUUUUAUUAACUAAACAAAUCAUGUUUAUCAGGUCACAUGGUCAACUACCGCUAUGCUGCGAUAAUUUAAGCAGAAGUGAUAAGGCUGGAGUAUUAAUGGCUUUUAUCCGUGAGCAUAAUAAUGAUGAUA